AGCCCGCAGCGCCUUUCUUGCCUUGCGCACCUGCGGCAGAAGCCCUCCACGCCGUCUCCUGUUGGGAUUACAACAACCAUGAGCACCACGAGCAGCAACCGGAGCUCCUCUUACCGCCGCAUGUUCGGGGGAUCCGGCCGGUCCAGCUUCGGGGGAGGCGGCGGCACCCGCUAUGUCACCUCCUCGUCCCGCUACUCCUUGGGCAGCUCCAUCCGGCCCAGCAGCGUCCGCCUGGUCUCCUCUUCUCCCGGCGGCGGCGGGAUCUACGCCUCCAAGUCGGUGCGCCUGCGGUCCAGCCUGCCCCCGGUGCGCCUCCUGGGCGACGCCGGCGUGGACUUCUCCCUGGCCGACGCCAUCAACACGGAGUUCAAGGCCAACCGCACCAACGAGAAGGCCGAGCUGCAGGAGCUCAACGACCGCUUCGCCAACUACAUCGACAAGGUGCGCUUCCUGGAGCAGCAGAACAAGAUCCUGCUGGCCGAGCUGGAGCUGCUCAAGGGCAAAGGCACCUCCCGCCUGGGCGACCUCUACGAGGAGGAGAUGCGAGAGCUCCGCCGCCAGGUGGACCAGCUCACCAACGACAAGGCGCGCGUGGAAGUGGAGCGGGACAACCUCAGCGACGACAUCCUGCGCCUCCGGGAGAAACUUCAAGAUGAGAUGAUUCAGAGAGAAGAAGCUGAAAAUACUUUGCAGUCUUUCAGACAGGAUGUUGACAGUGCCUCUUUGGCCCGUCUCGAUCUUGAACGCAGAGUUGAAUCCUUGCAAGAGGAGUUGGUUUUCGUGAAGAAACUUCAUGAUGAGGAAAUCCGUGAGCUGCAGGCCCAAAUUCAGGACCAACAUAUUCAAAUUGAUAUGGAUGUUGUCAAGCCAGAUCUCACUACUGCCUUGCGAGAUGUGCGCCAACAGUAUGAAAAUGUGGCUUCCAAGAACCUUCAAGAGGCUGAAGAUUGGUACAAGUCCAAAUUUGCAGAUCUGUCUGAAGCAGCCACCAGGAACAACGAUGCCCUGCGCCAGGCCAAACAAGAAGCUAAUGAGUACCGCAGGCAAAUCCAAACUCUCACCUGCGAAGUGGAUGCUCUCAAAGGAACCAAUGAAUCUCUGGAACGCCAGAUGCGUGAGAUGGAGGAUAACUUUGCUCUUGAAGCUGCUAACUGCCAAGACACUAUUAAUCGUCUCCAGGACGACAUUCAUAACAUGAAGGAAGAAAUGUCCCGCCACCUUCGCGAGCACCAAGAACUGCUGAAUGUAAAGAUGGCUCUUGAUAUUGAGAUUGCCACUUACAGGAAACUGCUGGAGGGAGAAGAAAGCAGAAUUUCUGUACCUGUUCCAACCUUUGCUUCUCUGAACCUGAGAGAAACAAACCUUGAGUCCAUUCCCGUGGACACUCACUCAAAGAGAACACUGCUUAUCAAGACUGUUGAAACUAGAGAUGGACAAGUUAUCAAUGAAACCUCUCACCACGAUGAUCUGGAGUGAAGAGAGACCAGCCCAUCUUGAAAUCAAACCCUUACCAGCAAGACUAAAAAGAGAAACCGCUUUCAAGUGCCUUUCUGCAGUUUUUCCAAGAGCGCAAGGUGGUUAUGCUAGGAGAACUAGGUCUUAGAUCUUGCAAAACCGACUCUCUCUUGAAGGAUUUAGAAGAGCUUACGAAAAAAGGGAGUCUAGUUAAGAUAACAAUGUAUUGUGCUGCAAUACUGUUUUUUAAGUUUCUGAAUUGAAUAAAAUGGCUUUUUUCAGCACAGUAUGAGCAACCCCUCACUGCUUCAAUAAACAUUUGGGAAAUGGC